CGCUCUGCCUUCUGCGCACGCGUUCUGUGCGGAGUGCUACUUCUACCUCUCUGACCACUCGUCCUGGGUCUUCUUGCUGGAGAUUGUGUCCCAAGGCUCUGCUCUUUGUGUUCUUUUGUCGCUUCUCAUCUGCAGCCGUUUCCCUUGGCGAUCUCACUACGUCUUAGGGAUGCUAUUUUCAUAUCUAUGAAGCGACGCCAUCUGUAAUUUUGUCAUCUGCAACGAUGCUUCUCUCCGAGGUCAGCCCAUCAUCUUUAACCCCGACUUCUUUGUGGAGAAACUCCGCCAUGAGAAGCCCGAGGUUUUCACCGAGCUAGUGGUCAGCAACAUCACGCGACUCAUCGACCUGCCGGGGACGGAGCUGGCCCAGCUCAUGGGGGAGGUGGACCUGAAGUUCCCCAGCGGGACCGGCACAGCGUCAGGCUUCUUCCGAUCCCUCAUGUCUCUCAAGCGCAAAGAAAAAGGAGUGGUCUUUGGGUCACCGCUGACAGAAGAAGGCAUUGCUCAGAUAUACCAGCUGAUUGAGUAUCUACACAAAAAUUUGCGAGUAGAAGGUUUGUUUCGCAUUCCGGGGAACAGUGUCCGACAGCAAAUCCUAAGGGAUGCUCUUAACAACGGAACUGACAUUGACUUGGAAUCUGGGGAGUUUCAUUCCAAUGAUGUGGCCACUCUGCUGAAGAUGUUUCUGGGGGAGUUACCAGAGCCCCUGCUGACCCACCGGCAUUUCCAUGCACACCUGAAAAUUGCAGAUCUCAUGCAGUUUGAUGACAAAGGAAACAAGACCAGCAUCCCAGAUAAAGAACGCCAAAUUGAAGCCCUGCAGUUGCUCUUCCUGAUUCUUCCACCUCCCAAUCGUAGUUUGCUGAAGCUACUGUUGGACCUUCUAUACCAGACAGCAAAGAAACAAGACAAGAAUAAGAUGUCUGCCCACAACCUUGCCCUGAUGUUUGCCCCUCACAUCCUGUGGCCAAAAAAUGUCACUGCCAAUGACCUUCAGGAGAACAUCACAAAGCUGAAUAAUGGGAUGGCUUUUAUGAUCAAACACUCUCAGAAACUUUUUAAGGCUCCAGUUUAUGUUCGAGAAUGUGCCAGGCUGCAUUAUUUGGGCUCUAGGACUCAUGCAUCAAAGGAUGACCUGGAUCUGCCAACCUCAUGUAAUAGUAAGGAUUUUCAGCUUUCAAAAUCUCAUAAAAGGCCCCGGAUGAACACUUGCUUUCAACAGGAAGAGACACAACAACGUACAGAGGAAGCCCUUAGAGAGUUGUUGCAACAUGUUCACAACAUGCCUGACUCGGCAAAGAAGAAGAAGCUCAUUCGACAGUUUAAUAAGCAGCCAGCAGCGCAAACUCCAGGAUCAGAUGGAGCUACUCCCCAGUUUCAGAAACGGACUCGUUCACGUUCCUUCAGUGGACUUAUUAAGCGGAAAGUCCUGGGGAAUCAGAUAAUAAUGGAAAAGAAAAAUAGGUGGUGUACUCCAGAAUCUGUGGACAUUGGUGAAUUGAACAGAUCCAGCAAAGAAAAUGUGAAUGUAGUUUGUUCUGGAUCUCCAGCACUGAAGGGGACACCAGCAAGAUUAAAAUUCUCUGAGGGCAAGAAAGAAGGGAGAAAAGGAAUCCUGUAAAGGAAACCAGAAUUCUCAGACUUUCUACCCAAGAGUCUUCCAUUUAGCACAAGCUAGGUGGGAGUCAACAUAUAUAGUAAAGCAUGGACUUCCAACCUGCCUCCUGCAAUUUGAAUUUUCAGAGCCAACUAAUGCUAUGACUUGACUAUUACCUCUAAUUCUACUCACUGGAUGAUUAUUUGGAAACUGUGCCUUCUGAGAGAAUAUUGUGAAUUUGUAUAUGUUCUCAUUUUUUAAAAUUAUUUCAAAAUAUGGGAAAACCACUAGCUAACAAACCACUUAAACAAUAGAAUGAGUGCUUGGAAUAAAGUGGGCUUGAGAGCCCCUGCAAUGUAGCUGUUCAGUAACUAUUUUUAAAAAUCUGAUAUUUUUGUUCAUCUGUCUGGAGCUGUCUUUAAAUAUUGCCUCAUGCUUUCUUUGGAAACUGGGGGAUAUUUUUUGGCUUUUCUUUGUUUUAAUAUAUCAUUUUCUUCUGUAAAAUCCUUUAUUUUCAAUGAUGAAAACCUCAACAUAUGAGGCAUUGAGCCAUUUUUAAUGUCAUUUUACUCUUCUGUCUUUAGGAAGAAUACUUUUAGGAUUGAGGGGAAGCAGGGUAGUGCUUUCAUAUACCUUAUUUCAGUGUUUAUGUGUUCAUCUGAGGCUGUUCGGGAAUUUCUUUUUGAAAUAUUUUCUUGGGAUCAAGAGAUCAGAAUACAUUUAUACUAAUUAAAAUAUGAAAAACCAACAGACCGCAUAAAUGCUGCAGUAUUUAACAAAUAUUUUGUUUGUCUUACAUUUUUCUGUUUAAGCUAUCACAAUUUCCCCCAUUUUUCCUUUUUUUUUUAUCAUUCACAAUGUCAAAACAAUUGUGUAGUUGCUGAGCUUGUCUCCCCUUCAGUCAGUUGCCUCUUGUAGAAACAUUUUUGUUUUCAUUUGUGAACCUUUUUUGUUUCUGUAGAAAAUAUCUAGAAACCAAAUCAGAAAAGUUGCUGUUGACUCAUUAGAGACCUGUUAAAAUAUCUAUACUAAUGGACUGUACAUAGGUGAAGCUCUGUAGUAAGUGGGAUGGAGCCAGCUCACCCGUUAUUACAAGAGGUGGUGGAGCUGUAUUGGGAGGUAGAAUCACCAAAGUGUGUCUCCUCCCCAAGGGGACCCGUCAGUCAAACUUGACGGGCUUCUAAGAGCAAAUUGUGAAAUGUUGGGGGGUCUCUUGGAGUGAUGUAUUUGGUGAAAUCAGGGCCUUGUCUCCUGAAUGGAGUAGUUGAUGUCAUCACUCCUCAUUAGGGCAAGUAUGCAUGGUAAUUCAGAGAUGGCGCCAGAGACUUGAAUGGAAUGAGGUGGGUUGGUCAGUAGGAGGCUUUCACACACACAAAAAUGUGUGUAUUUGUGGGUUUGUGUGUGUGUGUGUGAGAAAGCACUUGUGGGCUAUGAGUUGAACUUGUAUAAAUUAAUAACAAGGCAAAGAUCUUUGUUAGAAACCUAAUUUCAUGGUGCCUCUGUUGGUGCCAACUUUGCUGGGUUUGAAGUUGUUUCUUUUUUGAACUAGAAAAAAAAUGCUGUUAUCAUUGAAAUGAACGUUGAUCCGAUUGUUGGAGUAGUAUUCCAUAGCCAGCUCAAGUGGUGCCGGCUCACCUUUCCACAUUUCUGAUUUCUGGGUCUCUGUUUUGUUACUAUAAUUGUAGUAGGAACUGCCUGACUGAUGAGAGUGGACGUUUGAAUGAGGGGAGGGCCCAGGAAAGUAAACGUGAGGGGCCUGCUCUUAUCCAGAGAAAAUGAAGGCUGUUUAAAAAUUUUCUCAUAGUCAACCAACUUACCUAUUUGGUUUCUAACAUUUUCCCUUAUUUAAAAACAAAUAUCCAUCCUCUUUAACUAGAGGUUGGUGAAUCCAAACUUGAGCCCAGUUAUUUUGCCAUUUAAUUAAAAUAGUCUACAACUCCCUGCUUGUUUGCUCUCGUUGUUGAUGUUGUUAUUAUAUAUGUGUAUAUAUAUAUAUUUAUGUUGUUUUUCUUCUUUUUUUAACUUAAUGCUCUCUUAACCCGGAGCAGAAAGAGUGUAUGCAUUCUGGUCUAACAUCAGGUAGGAGUAGGGGAGGCGGAUGGGCCGGCACCCUCCGGUCUAGGAGGUGAUUGGUUAUUUUUGGUGCUGCCUGAGAGAGGUCACUAAUAUUAUGGCAUUAGUUGUUGGGGUGAAGAUGAUUACUGUGGAAGUGGAACUUGUAUAGCGUCUCCUGGGUUAUUCACUUGUUAUUGUUCUUGUUGGCUGAAGGGUGGCCUGGGCCAUUUUUUUUUUUACUCACAAAAGUGAAGGACCAGGUGUUAUUUGUAAACUGAGGGAUUAACCCCUUACCUUGUGAUAGACUGACCUAACCGCGAUGAAAUCAUGGGCAUGAAGGGGCUUCACCUUUAUCCUUUACCACUAAAUGCCAGGUUUCUCGUUUGGAGUCAAGAAGGUAUGAAUCGUCCUGGAGCCGAUGUCUGUGUUUGACCCCCUUUUUUGGGGGUGGGUGGAGUGGUCGGUACCCCUAAGUUAUUAGGUUUAUGUGCUCUGCUGUCUGUUUAUUUUCUAUGUUAAAAUAGCUUUUUGGGACAGAUCACUUGCCUUUUUACAGAUUUUAUUUCUUUCUAGGGUUAGUUUAAAUGGUUUUUUCAUGGGAGGCCAGUAUGAGGCAGCGUAUUCGUGUCAGAGACACGGGGUGAAAAUGGCGGCUGUUCUUCUUGCUCUUUGAGAGAGCGAUGAUACUGAUAAGGUAAAUGAAGAACCUUUUCUUUUGGAUUCCAUAUGGAGCCAGAUCAGAAAUACGGCAGCUGUGAAAGCCAGGAGGUGGUAGUACUGCGGUGUGGCAGCACCCUAGGGAAGCCCAGGCCCAAUGAGACGUGUGCAGGGGAAGGCAGGCAGAGCUGGUGCCCAAAGGUCUGCCCUCACUGGUUAAAUGGGGUCAGGCCCUUGUUUGGUUUUUGAAGUAAAGAGCCUCCUGCAGUGAACUGGGCUUCAUUGUGGUCUUCACGGAAGCAUUUUCUUCUCCUGCCAAUAUCAGUCCUAAAACCAAUAUUUCUUCAAACUUUCUUCCAAAGAACAUAGGAUUAGGAUACAGUUAAAAAUAGGAUUUUCUGGGUAAAUUUGUGAUCAUUUUGGAUAGACUACAGGGUAAUUGGCAACAUAUAAUUGAGGAGAAAGUCAUCUUUCGAAAUGGACUUCUCUUUCUGCUUUCACAUUCUCUGCCACACUGCUGCAUCCUCCAUCACAAAUGACCGAUCCAUUUGUCUUCAGGGGUCCAUGCAGGCCCCUGAGGAGCUGAUUGCCUCAGUUGCAAGCAUCAAGGAAGUGGGGAAUGUGAAAACCAAGCUUUAAAAUGACAUUAGCUUCUUGCAAGGAAGGAGCUUUUUCCUUAGAAGAAAUAUUCAGGAUGAGAGCUUAAAUUGAUGCUACUAUCUUGUCCAGUGCUAGGAAGAUUUUUCUUUUCCCAAAUUUCAGAGCAUAUGAGAAUAUUUCUAAACCAAUAGUUUAUUUGACUUAAGCAAUUAGUUGAAUCUAAACAGCCUUGUAAAGAAUAUUCAGCAUUUCCUGGCAGCUAAGAUUGUCCUUUGAACAAUAUAGUGUUGAUUGAAGGGCCAACGAGUAGGUAUAGCCCAGAAUAGCCCAAGUGCCGAGUUACCAUAGAAACUGUGGUAUAUGAGACUACAGCUGGCACAAAAGGCCUUCGAGAACUAAAAGGAGUUACUGAAUUCUGCCUCAAACCUGUUGGAAAGUAGCUCAGUACAACCCAUCAGAUCCUUCGUAUACAGCAGGCACUGCCUUUGCACGUCCAUUAAUAGAUAACUAAGGUUUUGGGGGGGAGAAAUAAACAAAAAAAUCCCAACUGUUUUGCUAAAAAAAAAUUUCAUUCUCAUGUGUAACUGUAAAUAAAUAAGUCUAUGUAAUAUGUUCUCUGUAAUUUCCUUUCUUAUGUUCCUGUAAUGUUCAAAGAUUAAAAAUUUUUUUUGUUUGCUCUCUGAA